CCCUCUCUGGAGUCUGAGUGCUCCUUCUACCAGCCAUGAGGACUCUCUGCUCUCUGCUGCUGAUAUGCUGCCUCCUUUUGGCAUAUACCACCCCAGCUGUUGGAAAUCUAAAAAGUAUUGGAUUCGAACCAGAAUUAGAUCACUGUCACAACAAUGGAGGGUACUGUGUCAGAGCCAUUUGUCCUCCUUCUGCCAGGCGUCCGGGGAGCUGUUUCCCAGAGAAGGUCCCCUGUUGCAAGUACAUGAAAUGAUUGGAAAGAAGCACAUGGAAGUCCAGUGACAGAUGUAUAACUGAUGUUUCAAUAAA